AUGGCGCUAGCCAAAGUUCUUCAGGAGGAAUUAGGAGUGCAACCGCUGACUUUGAAAGAUCUGCGCCAGGCUUGCUCUCAGCCAAAUGAUGUUUGUCGAUGUGAGGAGUCGGAGGACCUCGCGCAAGCGAUGAAGAACAUUUUAGAGAGCGGAACUCUGCAUGAAUGCGGUUGGAUACUCGUUGACUUACCAAGAACGAAAAAAGAAGCGCGAAUAUUUCAGCGUAUGGGAAUAAUUCCGACGCACGUGAUACAACUCAUAGUUUCAAACGAAUAUGAGAAUUGGGAUAACAUUUGCACGGAUGUUGCUUGUCCGCACGCUUGUAAUCCGAGAAACACACCAAAGGGUCCGAAACUUCGUCGAUAUUUGAAAAAUUUGCGAGAGUUACGUGAAGUGUACAAACAUUGUCUAAUAGAAGUCGAAGUAGGUAUUAGAUCCAUCGACGAACUCGGGAAGGAUUGUGCAAAAUUGGCAAAAGUAAAGAAACAUUGCGGGGCACCGUCGCUUUUCCGUAUUUUGCUCAUCGGAUCCAGAGGAUCUGGGUGUACCACGCUGGCAAAAUAUCUAUCCGAACGAUUCAACCUUAUCCACAUCGAUUACGAUUACAUCGAGGAACAGGCGCGUUUACAGCAGAAUGCUUUGGGAAACACGCUGCGAUCAUUCGAAAUCAAGUGGGGAGAGAGGCCAAAGCCUGAGAUCCGAAUUCAAAUCGUUGAAAAGUACAUAUCCGGGUACGAAUGUAUAAAGAGAGGCUGGGUUCUAACCGGGUUUCCAAAGACAGUAGAGGAUUUCAAAUUGAUAGAUCUAAGUCCCACACCGCCGAACAGAGUAAUAUUCGUGGAAGUGAACGGAGACGUCUGCAGAGAGAGAUUGCUCAAUCGUCGAUACAACAUCGUCACUGGAAGCAAGCAUCACUUGUCUUCGACGAAUUACCUCGACAAUGACGAGUGCAAACUAGGUGUUCAUCCUAAAGAUUUUCGAUUGAUCGUCGAGCGAGACCUUCAAGAAUACGAGGAAAACGUGACCGACAUGAUGACGUACGCGGGUGAUUCCGCCGUGAGAAUCGAUGGAAACGAGGUGGAAAGAAUUGUCCGGGAAAAAGUGGAAACGGCUAUAAUGCGCCCACUUCCUAUGCAAUCGAGAGUACCGAAGCCACUACCCGAGAUCGAUCCGAUGAGCAUUGAAUUCGAUCCCGACGACGAGCCCGAUCCCAGUGUAUUUGACCAUAUACGCGCUCCCGAACCGAAGUACACAUUCAUUUAA